AUGGCUUCAGUCGCACUGGCUCUUUUUACAAAUCCCUUCAUUGUUGGGUUGGUGGCAAUCUCAUGCUACGCUCUCUAUCUUUAUCUUUUACCUAAACCCAUACCUGGCAUCCCCUAUAACAAAGAUGCAGCCCGGCAGAUCAUGGGUGACAUACCCGCUCUUCUGGAGAGCCAGAAACAUGACAUCUCAAUAUGGCGAUGGGUCGCACAACAGUGUGAGCAACUGCAAUCUCCGAUAGUCCAGCUGUGGGUGCGACCCUUCUCUCGCCCCUUGGUUGUCCUCGCAGAUUUCCGCGAAGCCGAAGACAUCAGUAUGCGACGCACCAGGGACUUUGAUCGGGCAGACAGCUUGGACUACAUUUUUGGGCCUCUUUUCCCGCAGUUCCACAUGCUGAUGAAGACUCAAAAUCCUCUGUAUAAGAGGCAGCGCAAGUGGUUACAAGACCUCAUGACCCCGAAUUUCCUUCACAACGUCGCAGCGGAGCUGAUCUACCAGAACGUUGUAAAGGUAGCUGAGCUUUGGGAGCACAAGACGCGUCUUGCCAGAGGCCACCCCUUUGCCGCCUUCGAUGACAUUUACUAUGGUUCUCUCGAUGCUGUUUUCUCGUUCUCAUUCGGCGGUUCUUUUGCUCACAUGUCGAUACCGGCCCGCCUUGAGCUGAUUUCAUCGCUGAGAGACAUCGAACAACCGCCGGACUCGGACGCGCCUGUUAUUUUCCCAGGGGAAAAAGAAAACAGGGUCGUCAAAGCCAUUUUGACGCUGGCCGAAACCAUAGAGGGAACGAGGAAGGCCAUGAGCCCAAGAUUAACGAGCUGGUAUCUUCACCAAACACGACGGAUUAAAGAGGCGAAACAGAUUCGAGACAAUUUCAUAAACCGCGAAAUCGACCUUGCCAUCCGAAAGCUUGAGACAGAAGAGCCUAUUUCCUCCGCAGUAGAGCAUAUGAUGUACAGGGAGAAGCUCUUUGCCGAGAAAGAAGGAAGAGAGCCGAUGUUCAAGUCCCCGGGGAUGCAUAGCGAGAUCUUUGGUUUCUUGAUGGCAGGGCAUGAGACGACCGCCACCGCAUUCGCAUGGGGCCUCAAGUAUCUUACAGACCACCAAGAUGCCCAGGUCAAGUUACGCGACGCGCUCCGAAACCAUUUUUCCCUGGCCGCAGAGGAGAACAGGCAGCCAACGUAUGAGGAGAUAAUGAAAACCAGUAUUCCGUACCUCGACGCCACCAUAGAGGAGAUUCUUCGCUGCGCAGGAACGACUUCUGUCGCGGACCGACAGGCCUUGAAAGACACCACUGUUCUGGGCCAUCAUAUCCCCAAAGACACCACCGUCGUCCUUGUCACCAUCGGUGAAAGCAUCAUGAAGCCGGCCUUUGAGAUUCCAGAUACAAAGCGCACAAAAACAGCACUCGACGCCGCGAGUCGCAUUCGAAGCUGGGAAUCCUCUCCGUAUCCCGCGGCCGACUUCCAACCUGACCGAUGGCUUGUGCCGUCAACCGACAAUCCCGACCACAUGGUCUUUGAUGCCAUGGCCGGACCACAUAUGGCGUUUGGAUUGGGGCCGAGAGCUUGCUUCGGACGAAGACUGGCGUAUCUAGAGCUCCGGAUGCUUACGGUACUUUUGUUCUGGGACUUUAAGCUACAGUCAUGCCCCCCUGAGCUUUCUUGCUAUAACGGGUAUGAUGGUUUGACUGUUAAGCCAAGGCAGUGUUUUGUGAGAUUGGCUAAGGCUUGA